ACCACAAAUAAAACACGCACCGAAAAUGGAAGGCGCCCGAGGCUGAGGGUUGAAAAGUCGCUCAGAAUGCAUACACAUCCUUUAACCGAGCCCAGAGCUAGCGGACUGCCUCCACGUCCACACUCCGAGAGACAUGCGAAGCGACAGAAGUACCUCUGCAUGCCAUACAUGCAUAUAUACACAUAUUUGUAUGCCAAGUUUCUCGUGCAUUUUCGGCGCCUUCUCCUCAACGUGGCCGCGCUUCGCUUGUGUGUGCGAGUGUCGGUGGUAACUAAGUUUCCGUCAGUCUCCGUGUGCGCGUGUCUUCUCUACGGAAGUGUCUGUUUCUUCGUCAAGAGGUCACAGCAGCUUCUUCGGAUCUGUCACAGAGGGCGCACGCAACAAAAGGUGAAUGCCUGCCAUAACCCUGGGAACCUCAUUUUGAAUUGUGCAACAGCAGUCUAG